CCAGUUGUGAAACAAACCUUGUCGCAGUCGAUCUGGGAAGAUGUUCAUGAACCAGUGGAGUUAUAUCUCGAAAUAUUGUGGACUUGUAUGUGAGGAGAGUAGGACUGUGUUUGACUGGUUUUUAUAACACACAACUAUAUUAUUUAAUACCCGUCUAUAGAUAUAUUUCCAUUCAACAACUGCUGACGUUCUUGGUCAGCUGGUCUGAAACUGUUGCAUGAAUAUGGAUGCGACUGUGCCGGAAAAAGAAACUACAAAUGAAAAACGAAAUUGUAAAGUAUUAAUUAUAGGUGCCGGUAUAGCAGGAAUAGCUGCCGGGAACCAUCUUAUAGAGUCCGGGUUCAAAGACUUCAAAAUAAUUGAAGCCUCUGAUCGAACUGGAGGGCGAAUUUGGACCAUAGACGUCGAUGACGACCAUAACAAAGUGGAGUUAGGUGCCAACUGGAUCCAUGGCAUCGAGAGAAAUCCCAUAUUUAAGAUAGCUUAUGACAACAAUCUGUUGGAACUGCGGCAUGGUGACAAAGGUCUACGUCACAAGAACAUGUUUCUUACUGAGGAUGGGGAGGAAAUCAAUGAGCGGACUGUGAACCAAAUCAACCUCAUGUAUGGGCAACUUAUUAUCCAGGCCGAGGAUUAUUAUCAGAGCAACAUUCCCACUCCAGAGGAAAAUGACAGUGUUGGUGCAUUCUUAGAACGGGAAUUUUCAGCAAUGAUUGAAAGGUAUUCCAAUGGAGACCGUCAUAUACGGGAAAUUUUAUUUGACCAAAGGAAACUGCUGGAGUGCUGUAUAUCUGGUUGUGACACGCUACACGAGGUGUCACUGAGUGAGUUUGGGGGUUACCAAGAACUGCCAGGAGUUCACUACUCCAUUCCCAAUGGCUUCAGAUCAGUGUUAAACAUUCUCAAGAAAAACAUCCCCACAGAAAACAUACUGCUCAACACCCCAGUCAAAUGUGUGCACUGGAAUCGCAAGCAUUCCGAUGACAACCAGUAUGAGGUCAAAGUUGAAUGCGAGAAUGGAGAGGUGUUCUAUGCAAAUCAUGUGAUAGUGACUGUCUCACUGGGUGUUUUGAAAGCAGCCUGUGAUCGCAUGUUUGACCCACCGCUGCCACCAGACAAGCUGCAGUCCAUUGACCGUGUGGGAUUUGGCAUUGUGGACAAGGUGAUAGUUCAGUUUGAUGAGCCAGUCACACCUCCAGAAUUAUUUCAUGUUGAAAUGUUAUGGGAUAAGACUAAAGUUGAAAUUCCAGAUCUCAGGCAUACCUGGUAUCGCAAAAUUUACUCCUUAGAGGUUACUGCAGGCAAUAUUCUUGUUGGUUGGCUUAGCGGAAAAGAAGCCCUAUACAUGGAAUCUUUGACAGAAGAACAAGUGGGACAAGACAUUGUUUCAUUCUUAAAGAAAUUCCUCAAGAAAAAAGACAUUCCUCAACCCAAGAAAGUCAUCAGGACCAGGUGGGGAAAUAACCGUCACACCAGGGGGUCCUACAGCUUCAUCCAAGUGGGAGCCAGUAUGAGUGACACUGAGGUCCUUGCCGAGCCUGUAUAUGGAUCCGCAUCAGACAAGCCACAAUUGCUGUUUGCUGGGGAAGCAACACACUCUGAAUACUACUCCACUACACAUGGCGCCCUCGAAACUGGGAAGAGGGAGGCAGCACGUAUCCUGGAGAUGUACAACAUGUGAGAUACUUCAUAUCCAGUCAAUGUUACCAGGGAUCAGGGGACCUGUUAAAUUUUCUUUUAGCCAAGAAUGUACUGGAAUGGAACAUUUUAAUGCAAGGAAUCUUUGAUGACAGAUAUUGACUUCCAUUCUGUGUACUCUGUCCAGUUUCUCAUGAUUGAUAUUUGCAAAGAAGAUUGGGGAGUUACAUUCAUUCUUUGUGUCGUUGGAAAUUGAGGAUCAUGUGAUUUAUGAAGAUAUUGCAAACCUGUGCAACUAUUUCAUGAAAAAUGACAAUCAUUCUGUCAUUUUUUUUCUGUUCAACUGACAAAUGCCAGGCUGACCAUCAGUUUGUGAUGGGAACAUAACUUUGUGCGUAUGGAGAUAUUUGUAUGACGCUAAGAUAUAUGCGACAUGUAUAUUUGAAUUGAAAGUGCUAUCCUGACUGAGAGGACAGUUUUUGUAGAACUACUUCAAUGUGUUUCGUGCAAAAUUGUCUUUUUUCCAAGAGGAGAUGAGACCCAUGGAUUACAUUUUGUACGGUAACAGCAGAUGUGUGGUUCAGACUUUUGUCACACAUAAAGUAGGGUGCUUGGUUACACAUGUGUUCAGCUCAAAGUUGGAAAGGAAGAACUGCCUGUAUAUAUAUAUAUAUAUAUAUAUAUAUUCAUGUAUACCAUAAGUGGAUAGUGUUGUAUAAUCACCUAUUGAUCAGGAGACGGUAGUUGAGAAAUUAUAUCCGUGAUUGUGUGAUUGAUAUCUACAUCAAAGUGAAUGAAGACAAUAAAAGUUUGGAUGUGUUAAUUCCUUGUGUAUGCCCUAUUGUUGGUGAAUAUGUUGUAAUGGAUGAGUAUAGAUUUAUGCAGGACCUUCAGUCUACCUGUAGGUCUUGUACUGUGGUGCUGAACCACACAAUAAUGUGUGUAAGGAUUCCUUGUAUAGACCAAUGUCUGCAUAAGUAAAUACAUUCAGGAACUGGAGGCUAGCACUACUGCACCUGAAAAAAAUGUCCACCCAUUGGAAGUGAGUUUGAAUCAGCUAUGUCAAGUUUGACUGAAAUGUGAUACUUGUCAUUAUAAUAAUCGGUCCUAAUGUGUUGCUGUUUUAAUUGUUUAAUUAUGGCUUUAUUAGCAAUGCAGGCCAAACUUGUCUUAUUUACAAAAUCUAGUCUUGGAGUUGGACAAUGUAUGGUCACUGUUAAAAAUCAUUAUUGUAUGUAUCGAUAGUUUGGUAGUUUUGGUCCUUUCCAGAUCUUCAGUUGUCAGGAGUGAAAGAGGACUUUUAUAUCAGAUGUGUGGUCAUCACUGUGUGAUGUUUUAUAUACUUCCAUUUCAUUACUGCUCUCUUCAUUCAUAUGUCUUAGUAACAAAAUUUAAAAUUUGAAAUAUUGAGGGAAAAUGGUUAUGCUACACUUAUCACAGCUUUAUGUAAAAUUGUAAAUUAGUUUAAAUCAAAUGACAUCAGAAAAAAAACUGACUAAUAGGUUGCCAUGGUGAUGAGCAUCCACUUAGCGUUUAAACGGAGUAGUUUUAUGGAUACAGAUUUUUUUUUGCUUAAGUUCUCAGCAAUGUAGACAAAACAUUUACAUACCUUGAUCAUAACAGUGAGUGUUCAAUAAUAAGGAUUGCAGAUUUUAUUUAUUUCAGUAUUUUGCUAUUUGAAUUUGUAUGUAGUGCAUAUAUAUUGAUAUUCUGAACUACAGUGGAAAGACAACAGUAUUUAGGUAUUUGUUUGAUCAGUGGACGACUCAUUAGGACAGGAAUGUGAACUAUACAUUCAUGUAUUUCCACAGCUGUUUUUACCUCAGAUCAUAUUGGAUAUUUGUCCAUUGAUACUAUACAUGGUGACACAGACAAGGAGUAGGAUAAUUGCUUGAUAUGUCAAUUAUUUAAGUAUUAAUCAGGUUUAUGUGUAAAUUUCUUGUCCCUUUAUCUCCUGCUCUAUACAUUAUUCUUGCCAGGUUUAUAUUUGCACAACAUGCCUUUCUUUAGCAUUGCAUUCUACAUAAUCUAUGGGUUUAUACAAAAAUUUUAUCAGGCAUCAGCUUCAUAUUUUCCACUUGAAAUGAAGCGGAAAUGUUGUCAGUGCAGUUACAAACCAAUCAGUAAUAAGUUUGUGAACUGUAAACUACAUUAUGCUACCCCAACAUGUCACCAAACUAUGUCUGUGGUAUCAAGCUGAUGUUAGAUUUCAUCACCUUGUGCCCCUGUCUCCACUCUUAAAUCCACUCCCUUCUCACUUCGUCAGUGAGCUAUGUCUGUGGUAUCAAGCUGAUGUUAGAUUUCAUCACCUUGUGCCCCUGUCUCCACUCUUAAAUCCACUCCCUUCUCACUUCGUCAGUGAGCUAUGUCUGUGGUAUCAAGCUGAUGUUAGAUUCCACCACCUUGUGCCCCUGUCUCCACUCUUAAAUCCACUCCCUUCACACUUAGUUAGUGAGCUGUGUCAGUGGUAUCAAGCUGAUGUUAGAUUCCAUCACCUUGUGCCCCUGUCUCCACUCUUAAAUCCACUCCCUUCUCACUUCGUCAGUGAGCUGUGCCAGUGGUAUCAAGCUGAUGUUCGAUUCCAUCACCUUGUGCCCCUGUCCCCACUCUCUUAAAUCCACUCCCUUCUCACUUCGUCAGUGAGCUGUCUGUGGCAUCAAGCUGAUGUUAGAUUUCAUCACCUUGUGCCCCUGUCUCCACUCUUAAAUCCACUCCCUUCUCACUUCGUCAGUGAGCUAUGUCUGUGGUAUCAAGCUGAUGUUAGAUUCCACCACCUUGUGCCCCUGUCUCCACUCUUAAAUCCACUCCCUUCACACUUAGUUAGUGAGCUGUGUCAGUGGUAUCAAGCUGAUGUUAGAUUCCAUCACCUUGUGCCCCUGUCUCCACUCUUAAAUCCACUCCCUUCACACUUAGUUAGUGAGCUGUGUCAGUGGUAUCAAGCUGAUGUUAGAUUCCAUCACCUUGUGCCCCUGUCUCCACUCUUAAAUCCACUCCCUUCUCACUUCGUCAGUGAGCUGUGUCUGUGGUAUCAAGAUUUCAUUGACUUGUGUUUCUCUCCCCACUUUUAAGUCCACUCCCUCCGAACUUUGUCAGUGAGCAGAUGCUGUGGUAAAAAGCUGAUAUUAAACUCAUCACCUUGUGCCCUUGUCUCUACUUUUAAGUCUGAUCCCUUCUCACUUUAUCAGUGAGCCAUGUCUGUGGUAUGGAGCUGAUGUUUGAUUCCGUCACCUUGUGCCCCUGUCCCCACUCUCUUAAAUCCACUCCCUCCCCACUUUCUCCAUGGCAUGCUCCAAUUUCUGUCAUUGAAAGAUUUUAUUUCAGCUUGUCUCUUGAUCAUUCUGAUGUAAAUAUGAUUUUAACAAUGUUUAAUUUUUUUAAAGACUCUUGUCUUCGUCAAUACACCAAAUUCUAAACAAAAAAUGAUUUAAAUUGUUGUGUUGGAUAAGAAAUGGAAUAUUGGUACAAAGUGAGAAAGUUAUUUGAAAAUCAAGUAUACAAUCAUUUGAGAGUAUACUAUUGUUCAUAUACAUGUACUACUGAAAGUAAGUCUCAUGAUAUUUAACAUGAUAUAAGAAUGUUUAUCUAGGUAUUGUUGGAAGUCAUGUGAGGAAGAGCAUUUUUUCCUAAUUUUACUCUCACCUCAACCAAAUCUGAAUAGACUGACAUUCUCUAAUUGGUAAAAUUUUAUUAUUGUUCUGUCAAUAUCUUUAUUGUCACAGAGGGUGGUCAAUUAUUGUGACCUACCAUAUUCAAUGCAAGUAAAAUUAUGAAUAUUCAAUAUUUAAACACAAUUGUGUUGAUUGAUAUCCGAUUUCUUUCAUGAAAUUGGAGUUGGAACAACAUUCGGAAACCGUCCAAUGAUAUCCUAGCUUCAGUGUACAUAUAUUUCUGACUUGUGUGUAGAAUUUUUAGACCAGAUUGUUCUAGACUUAGCGCAACAGUAUAUGUAUUGAAGUUCUCAGGACUUACAAAAGUUACACAAGUUAUGAUCCAAAUUGUUUCAACAGCAGUCAUGAAAAUGAAUAUUUCUCACAUCUAUAUUCAAAGGCAAUGUUAAUCAUGCGGCCAAAAUAUAGUUAGACCUGUGAACAAUAAUGCAGUUGUAUAAAAGUGACUUUUAAUUUGCUCAAACUAAGAACUAGUUGUGCUUGUGACUGCAUUUUACCAGUUAUGGAUCUUUGCAUUAUCCUUAUUUAUAUCCUAUUUUUGUUACAUUUUACUUUUUAUGUAUAUUUUAGCAGAAUUUAGAACAAGCCGUUUUAGUUGCAUUCGAAACAUAGGGAUGAAAUCGUUUCAAAGCCAUGACAUUGUUACACAUGAUUGUUGAGGAAGUGCCCUAUACAUCUACAUGUUUGUUGAGAGUCAGUCAUAGGACAGUUCAUUACCAGUCCUCAUUUCUGCUUCAUAAUUCACUCAUAUGAACACUGUACAGUGGUAAUCCUCCUCUGGUAAGGCUGCUGAAAGUAAUGGCUUUUUUCUCUCCUUUGUUUUUACAACACAGUGUUAUGUCAAAUCAUUCCUUUAAGUUAUGGCAUAUCCAGCAAUAGAGCUAAACAGGGGAGGCUACGUUACCUACGAUCCUGUACAGUGUGUGACGACAACAGGAUGGUGACCAACAACUAAAUAUGAAUAAAAUGUUUGAAAACAGAAAA